AGAUAAGGAAAAAAAAAUCUCUGAGGGGCAGGCUCUCCCACUUGUCAGAUAAGCGUCGUCCGCCACAUUACCUAGGAUUUCUGACAAUCCGCGCAGUGAGAUCUCGCCCUUUCUGCUACAACUCACUUUUUCCACGCCUGAACAAAGGGCAGUUUUUGGGCGCUUGCUGAUCGUAUCUUUGGUACACAGCGUGAGUCUUCCCGUCAGACUCAGGUGCUUCUGUUCUGUUCUGUUUGUCUCGUCGCUUUUCUUGUCAUUCUCUUCAUUUCACCAUGCCUCACCCCGUAUCGCCGCCGAUAAUGGUCUCCAAAUCGGGCUCUGCCCCUCCCCCGCCAUUCUUCGAACUCCUUGAGAGCAUCUUCAAUGCAAAGACGUCUGACGAAUCCGUUCAACGCGCCUACGCUCUCUGCGACGAGCUGCUUUCCACCGUCGGAUACCAGGGUCUCUACGACUACGGUGUCCUGAACAGAGUCCGAAGCGCAGCAGCCAACAAGAAGAGCGGCCUUGAGCGAGAGUCGGCCCAAAACCUGCUGGGGGCCCUCUUCGAGAGGAUCGCCCCAAAGCAGCGCUUGAGCGAGGUUGCUUUCCUGCUUCGCCAGGAUGGCAUGAUCGGCGUCGCCUUUGAUGCCCUGUCUGACAAGGGCGCCGUCGUGCGCGAUGCUGCUCAAUAUGGCCUGGAUGCGCUCUUCAGGGGUCUGAGCGCUGAGGCGCUCGUCGUCGGUCUGCUUCCCGCUCUCGUCACGUACCUGUCCAAGAAGACAGGCAAGUGGCAGGGACGAGUCGGCGCUCUCAAGCUGAUGCAGAAGACGGCAGAGAAGGCCAAGAUGGAGAUUGGAUGCACCAAGGAGGAGGCCCAUGAGAAGGAUCUGCUUCGAGAGGCCAUGGGCGCCAAGCUCGCCACCCUUUUCCCCAUCGUCGAGGGAGACAUGCACGACUUGAAGGCAGAGGUUGAGAAACAAGCCCUCGCAACCAUGACGUCGCUCACUACGCUCCUCUCCAACGACGAUGUUGCUCCCAGAAUCCCUCUGCUCAUUGAGACUUUGCAUCAUCCCUCGACCCAAACCCUCCAGAAGGCCAUCCACGCCCUUUCGCAGACUACCUUUGUCGCCAUCGUGACAUCUCCUGUACUUGCACUUCUUACCCCCUUCUUGGAGCGCACCCUCAACAACCCUUCCACCAGUCAAGAAGUUCUGCGACAGAGUGUGGUCAUCACCGAGAACUUGACCAAGUUGGUCCACGACCCCAUUGAAGCCCGUACCUUUUUGCCCAAACUGCAACCUGGUAUCAAGGGCGUCUUGGGACGCGCCUCACUCCCUGAGGUUCGCGACCUGGCACAGCGCGCUCUCGAUGUCAUGGACAAGGCCAUGGGCAACGAGGAGGCCGUCAUCGAGAAGGUGAGCGCCGCCGAUGUUUGGAUGGUUCUCGAAGCCGAGCUGAGAAAGACCACUGGCGGUCUUGAUAUUCUUGCUGAAGACGAGCAUCUCUACCUCUCUUCUAUGGUAGCUGAGGAUGUCAACCAUCGCUUUGUUCACCGCAUUGAGGACAGACUCACACCAUACUUGAAGGAUGUCAUGAAGAACGAGGCUAGCGAACCUGUUGGGGCUGCAGUACAGCAGCACUUCAUUCAGGAAGACCAGCGCAAGUACGGCGUGCCAGAGAAGGAAGAUGAUGGCGAGACCGAGAUUGUCAACGCCGACUUCUCUCUUGCCUAUGGUGGAAUGCUUCUUCUUUCGCACACAAACUUGCGCCUCCUCAAGGGUCACCGAUACGGUCUCUGCGGUCGCAACGGUGCCGGCAAAUCUACGCUCAUGAAGAGUAUUGCUGGCGGCAAGCUGGAAGGUUUCCCUCCCCAGGAUGUUCUGCGAACUUGUUACGUCGAGCACAACCAGGGUGAAGACGCUGAUAUCACCAUCCUGGACUUCAUGUGCAAGGACGCUACAAUCGCUACUGAGGGUCGUGAUCGUAUCUCUGAGGUCCUGGCUGAGUUUGGAUUCACUGCUGGUCCUGAGGGCCGACAGUCUGAGAAGGUUGGAUCUCUAUCCGGAGGAUGGAAGAUGAAGCUUGCCCUGGCCAGAGCCAUGCUUCAGAAGGCCGAUGUCCUCUUGUUGGACGAACCUACUAAUCACUUGGAUGUCGCCAAUAUCGCAUGGUUAGAGAAUUAUCUCAAGACUCACACGGACAUUACCAGUCUUAUCGUUUCCCACGACUCGGGCUUCUUGGACAAUGUUUGCACGGAUGUUUACCACUAUGAGCCCGGCAAGAAGCUUGGUCACUUCAAGGGUAACCUUGCAGACUUCGUCAAGGUACGACCAGAGGCCAAGGCCUAUUACGAGCUCGCCGCAACCACCGUGCAGUUCAAGUUCCCGCCACCAGGUAUUCUGAGUGGUGUCAAGUCCCAAAGCGCAGCCAUCAUUCGCAUGAGCAACUGUUCCUACCAGUACCCGGGUGCCAACAAGCCCCAGCUCACCGACUGCUCAUGCAGGCUUACGCUGUCGUCUAGAAUUGCUGUCAUUGGUCCUAACGGUGCUGGCAAGUCGACCCUUGUUAAGAUGCUGACGGGCGAGACCAUUCCUACUACUGGCAGAGUAGAGAAACAUCCCAAUCUGCGUAUUGGUUACAUCAAGCAACACGCUUUGGAGCACGUUGAAAUGCAUCUAGAGAAAACACCCAACCAGUAUCUUCAGUGGCGGUACGCCAAUGGUGAUGACCGAGAAGUUUUCAUGAAGCAGACUCGUAUUCUUUCAGACAAGGACAAGGCACAGAUGGAGAAGCCUAUCGAACUGGGCGAUGGAAGCCCACCACGACAGGUUGAGGCUCUGGUUGGUAGACAAAAGUGGAAGAAGUCCUUCCAAUAUGAAGUCAAAUGGAAGUUGAUGCUCCCGAAGUACAACUCGCAGGUUUCUCGUGAGACAUUGUUGGAGUGGGGAUUCGAUAAGCUUGUCCAAGAAUUCGAUGACCACGAGGCGUCUCGUGAGGGUUUGGGAUACCGUGACCUGCAGCCAAAGGUUAUUUCUCAGCACUUCGAGGAUCUCGGCCUAGACCCGGAAAUCGCUAACCACAAUGAGAUCGGCUCUCUGUCAGGAGGUCAAAAAGUCAAGGUCGUCAUUGCAGGUGCCAUGUGGAACAACCCGCAUUUGCUCGUGCUUGACGAACCUACCAAUUUCUUGGACAGAGAUUCUAUGGGUGGUCUUGCUAUGGCUAUCCGUACUUUCAAGGGUGGUGUUGUCAUGAUUUCCCACAACGAAGAGUUCGUUGGCGCUCUUUCAAACGAGCAAUGGCUCGUCAAUGACGGCAAGAUGACUGUCAGAGGUGCUACCAUGCUUUCCCUUGAAGAGUCCCGCCCCGGAUCUGGUAUUUCCAGUGCUGUCGCAAGCACUGCGGCUAGCAGCAACGUCAGCAGUGCAGUCAACAGUGGCGCGGAAGAUAAUAUACCUCUGAAGUUCCGUGCCAAGAAGAAGAAGAAGAAGACCAAGAAGGAUUUGAAGGAGCAGGAGGUCAGAAGACGCCUGAGACACAUUGAAUGGCUCAACAGUCCCAAGGGUACUCCUCACCCCAAGGAUACGGAUGAUGAGGAGGAUUGAAGGAUGGCAAAACGGAUUGCUUAAAAGGAUGCGAGCUCAAAGACCGGUAGUAGGGUCUGGACUUGACAUGAUAUUUCUUGUGAAAACUCUGGUUUUAAAAGCGAUUGCUUUGGGCUUAGAUGAAGCCGCAUCCAUGUUAGAACGAUAUCGCUUCCAGAUAGAAGCAUGGGUAUAGAGGCGUUAUGACCACAACCAUAGACGGAAGGCGCAAUGCGAUUUAUUGAUGAUCACACUAAACAUCCCGUCCCUUCAAGCCGCUCGGUAGAAUAUUCCACUUGGUGUCAGUGGUUGUGGCUUUCUAUAAUUGACAACAAUCAGCCCCAAGCACAAAGCACAACUGCACAGAAUAAUACUCUAUUGCUUUCGAGAAAACCCAACGAGAUGACGUAUAACUGAGCAGUUUUCACAAGGACCGGCAGUUGAUUAGUGUGGCCUUUGCUGCAUUGCCUGCAGCGGCACAGCGUUUGAGCAGCAUGCAAAGUUUACUAGGUUA